UUCGGAUUUCUCCACGGACUGCGUGCUUUGACCCGCCUCCUGCGUCUGCGUGCGUCACGUCUCCCUCCUCCCUCCGUCCACCGCCUCGCCCGUGGGCGCCCGCCCCAACCGAUCCGAUCCGUCUCUUCUCCAUUAAAAAAAUCUCAAUCAAUCUCCUUCCCUCUGAUUUCUUUCAAGCAAUAAAAGAAAAUACCAUCUCCUCCUUCCAUUUCAGCUCCUGCGAGCGAGCUCCCGAUUCGAUCGGCCGCGUCUCCCAAUCUCCUUCGAUUCGAUCGGCGGAGGGCGGGGAGAGAUGAGGAAGCGUGAGCGGGAGAACCCGUGCGGGAUCUGUGGCCACUACCACAAGUACGAGGAGGGGGAGGUGUGCGGCGUCUGCGGCCACCGCCCGCCCGUGGCGCCGGCGGCGGGGGCGAGGCAGCAGGACUCGGCGUUCCCGUCCGAGAUCCUCAAGGAGUUCCUCUUCCUCGGCAGCUACGACAACGCCUCCCGCUCCGAGCUCCUCAAGACCAUUGGCGUCUCGCACAUCCUCAAUACUGUACCGUUAUGUCAAAACCUUUACCGGAAUUCAUUCACUUAUCACUGCCUCCAAGAGGACAAAACUCUGCAGUUUGAUGAUGCAAUCCACUUUCUAGAACAAUGUGAGAGGGAGAAAGCACGCGUCCUUGUGCAUUGCAUGUCAGGGAAAAGUAGGUCGGCCGCAUUUGUAAUAGCCUUCUUGAUGAAAUCAAGAGGGUGGAGACUGGCACAAUCUUUUCAGUGGGUGAAAGAGCGGAGACCACAAGUGCAACUGUCUGAUGGGGCACAGCAGCAGUUGAUUGAGUAUGAGACGAAGCUUUUUGGUUCCAAUGUCAGCAUGCCUGCUCCAUCUUUUGUUCCAGCAGAUUCUUUCCCUUCUCUUGGAUUUGGUUUUCCUAAACCAGCAGGCGACAUCCAAGUGCCUACCUUUAACCAGCAGGCUCCAGCAUCCAUCUUUGAGCGCGUCAGCCCAAACAACUUUCCUACUAAUUUCACAUUUGGAGCUGAAAGAGCUGGCGAAGUGAAACUUCCAGAUAGCAAUAAUUUCGGUGUGAUAAACUCAUCUGGAGGCGAUAGCAUGAUGGACAGCACCUAGAAUUGUUUAGCUCGUGCCAGUGGCAUUGAUACAUGAAAGGAAUGAGUCAGACUGCAAAUUUAGCCGGGUUUCUCGGAUGUUUUUGAUUUCUGAGAAGGAAAUGCAUUUUUGUAAAAUGAUGUUAUGAUAUUUGCCAGCGCUCUGACAAUUGCUACUGUGCGUUUUAACAAACAUGUGUGUGCUUUUUUGUGGAACUUUUCAAGUGUAAUUCAGGCUAACCAAUUACUCUGGAAAGUUUGAAUAGAAAGUUACACAUGUGCUUGUUAAAAUGUACAGAUUUGUGGCUCUGAAAGUAUACUUCAAAAUCUAUACCCAGUGGUUAUCAUCC